UGAACGACGCAGGAGGCCAACCAACCACUGAGGGGUAAUCUGGGAAGUGCCUGAAAUGAGGUGGUAGGUUGAUGCAGCAAGUCGAGUAAGAGGCUUUCCAUGCAGGAGAAAAGCCACACGACAAAGGUUUUGAGGGACUUAGAAAUCCAGUCGUGAAGAAGUUGUUGCCAUGACUGAAGCCGUGCCUGAGGAGGAGGAGGAUGUGCCCGGUGAUAGUGCAGUCCCACAACCAACAGUCCCGUCGUGACCGUUUGCUGCGCUGCACCUCGCGCAUCUACUGUAUUGGCCCCAGCUGCAACCACCAGACGCAAGUACAGCAUCGGAGGAAUGAAUGACAGAACAACAAUGCAGGUCUUUGCUGCCGGCUUCAACGCCUGGGGCCAGCUCGACUUCAGCAGCGCACCCUCCUCGCCCGAGUCCCUCGCCACGGACCCGCAGGACCUGUCCACUUUCACGAGCAUUCUCAAGACCUCUACUAUCACAGACCUCCAACCCUUAUUGGCAAGCACUCACGGUGAGAACUCUACCGUACUUGAUAUAACCGCGACGUUCGUAGUUCUUGCUGCAGCCUUGCUUACCCAUAGAAACUCCGGCCUAGUCUUGACAUCCGAUGGUGUUCAGUCCGCCGGCUUCCCGUCGCCAUUCUCCAAGGACGGGCCGCUUACACGCCAGCUCCUGACCCAUCAGCUUGCCAUCGCCGGCAACGAGAAGGUCGCAGUCAUCUCUGCACCAGACACAGUCCUGCAGUAUCCCACCCUCGCAGCCCUGGAAGCCGGGUCACCGCCGGAGCAGGUCUUCACCAUACCAAAAACAUCAGCAGCAGCGGGCAGCACCAGCCUCUCCAAACCCAGUAUCCUCAAGGUAGUUGCCUACCAGACCGGCUUCGCGCUUCUGAGCGCGGGCGCCAUCGACAGCAACAGCCGCGUUUACACGUGGGGCGAUGAACGGUAUUCUGCCUGUCUCGGGCGGCAAGUCACAGGCAGCACCCCAGCAGACCAGCCCGGACUUGUCGAGGACCUGGUCGACCUGCCUACCGGGCCUAUUCGUAAGAUCGCGGCCGGUGGUUAUAUCCUCCUUGCAGUGACAGAGGGCAACGAUCUUUAUGCAUGGGGCGGCCAUCCUGGUUGGUCCACUCUCAUACAUGAGAUAUCAGAGACUCCUAUGGCUGUCGACAUCGACGGCCAGGAUAUCGUGGACUGCGGCGUGGGCGACCAGCAUGCCAUAGCCCUUACCAGCAAUGGCAGACUUUACGUAACAGGAGAUAACACAAACGGACAAUUGGGCAUACCCAGAGCAAAGAAGAUUCAAUCAUGGGAGGAAGUGUCGCUGUCACUAAGGGAGCAUGGCACAAUAACGGGCGUGCGAGCAGGUGGCAGAACCUCAUUCAUUUUGGUCAAGUCAUCGACACCAUGACCACGCUGGACUGGCCAAGCUUGGCUGGCACAUAAUCUCCCUCUACAUUCCAUAUUCCCGUCUAUGGUACAAAGUAG